CAUGGGUUUCAAGUUUGAGUAAGCAGUGCGCAGGCUAAUGUUAUUUACAUUUAUAGGGCAUUUAUAAAGCGCCAGACCUCGGAUUGCAGGAUGAAUCACGUAAUAGUACAAACGCUUGAAUAACAAAAAGAUUAAACCACGCUAGCCUCCCCUCAUCCUCACUCUGCAGAUCUUCAAGCACAGAUUAGAGUAUAUGCGCCUUACUCUGGCGUAAUGAAGUAGAUGGGGGAAUCAAAGAACAUGGUGUUGAAUGGCAGGCGGCAUGGCAGCAGAUUCUCCAGUGAUCUAUCCAUAACCUCGGCCAGGUCGCUGCGACAGAGCAAGGGCUCCUUUAGAAGCAGGAGAUGUAGUCGACGUGUCAGCAGUUCUGCCCUAGAGGCAGAGAGACGUCAUACCCCAUCAUCUGGUAUGACUGCAAAGGAGCUCUGUGAGAAUGAUGACUUGACUACAAGCCUUAUUCUAGACCCCUACCUUGGCUUCCAGACCCAUAAGAUGAAUAGGAGGUUUCGACCCGUCAAGGACCGACAUAGACAUUUGAAGGAGGUGCUAGAGUGCUUUAAAAAACAUGACAACCUUGAGAAGGCCUUCCAUGCCUUGACUGCAGGGGACUGGUCAAAACACCACUUUCCGCACAAGACGAAGGCACAGGGCAAACUCUUCAAAGAGCAUGUUUUUGUUUACCUACGAAUGUUUGCAACUAACAGUGGGUUUGAAAUACUUCCUUGCAAUCGUUAUUCCUCUGAGCAGAAUGGAGCCAAAAUUGUAGCAACAAAAGACUGGAAAACCAAUGAUAAGAUAGAAUACCUGGUGGGCUGCAUCGCUGAGCUAUCGCAGAAUGAGGAAAGUGUGUUACUGCGACAUGGAGAAAAUGACUUCAGUGUGAUGUACUCCACCCGCAAGAACUGUGCUCAACUGUGGCUGGGACCUGCAGCCUUCAUCAACCAUGAUUGCAGGCCAAAUUGCAAGUUUGUUUCCACUGGGCGAGAUACAGCUUGUGUCAAGGUUCUUGGGGAUAUUGAACCCGGGGAAGAGAUCUCCUGUUAUUAUGGAGAUGGCUUCUUUGGGGAAAAUAAUGAACUAUGUGAAUGUUACACAUGUGAAAGACGAGGUGCUGGUGCUUUCAAAUCGAAGACUGGACAGCCUACGCCCACUCCAAUUAUCAACAGCAUGUAUGGCCUGAGAGAGACAGACAAACGUCUCAAUCGGCUGAAGAAACUAGAAGACAGCAAAUGCUCUGGCAGUCAGUUGGAAGGCUCUAAUAUGGAUCCAGACUCUCAGGAAAAUCAUGACACACAUCCAUCAGUAGGGAGGACAGCCCGCUCUAGUGUGACAAGGCUCAGUGACGCACAAGCUCUAAGCAGGCAAACUCUGUCCAAAAUGCCUAUCCCUACCUCAUCGUUCAAUCAAAGACACUCAAAGAACUCCAACGUGCCAAAGAGGCUAAAAUCAAAGUCCAUAAAGCCUUUGCUCAAGUUAGGAAGAAGGUGUCAGGUAACUGCCCACAAGUGCCCCAUUGAGGUGGAAGCUAUGGGUUUGUGCCUUAAGGACCCCACAAAAUUUGUCAAUAACAGGGUCUCACAAAAGAGAGAGAUGGAUAAGAAAGGGCCCGUGCAAGUGGUGGGAACAAGGGGUGGUCUUGAGCACUAUACUGCGAAGGAAAACCAUCAGAAAUCAGUGAAAGAUGUUAGUAGGUGCCCUGAUGGUUUAGCAUGCACUCACAGAACUCGCAGUUCAACCAGAGCAUCAGUUGGCACACAGGAGUCUGACAACAUUAAACUUGAACCAAACUUGCCACCCAUCCACUGCGUUGUGGUUAGUAAGACCAAGCCUAUGGACCUUGGUGAUUGUGUCACAGACAGUCACAGGAUGAACAGCUCAAGCCUGGAUAUCAGCUGUCCAAAGACGGAGAACUGUCCCAGAUAUAAGCAAAUUAUAAAGCAGGAAGAGCACUCUUUCCGACCAGCAUCCCUUCUCAAGGAGGAGGUUUCAGACCUGCACCAUACAGCCUGUACCACAGACAGAGCUGAUGGCAGGAAAGAACUGCAAGGCCUGCCUGAUGGUCAUGAGCCCUACAACCUGUCUAAGGGAGACAAGCUUCUCCACCUUGGCAAGGGGAAGAAGAAACAGCAGAUUACGCGCUAUGAUUCCCAGCUGAUCCUAGCCAACAACAACUCAGGUGUCCCCAAAUUGACCCUGCGGAGACGAAGGGACAGCAGCAGCAGUAGGAUUGAGCCUGGUGAGGCAGACCCUGUCAAGUCCUCCAGCUCCACAAAGACCAGCAUGAAAUUUGGCAAGGACCAUCAUGCAAAGACCAAGAGGAGCUCUUAUGCAGCCAGACUGAGUAAUGGGACUUUCAGUCCUGUGGACCACAUCCGCUCCUCCAAACAUGGCCUCAGUCCUGUGGACCACAUCCGCUCCUCCAAACAUGGCCUCAGUCCUGUGGACCACAUCCGCUCCUCCAAACAUGGCCUCAGUCCUGUGGACCACAUCCGCUCCUCCAAACAUGGCCUCAGUCCUGUGGACCACAUCCGCUCCUCCAAACAUGGCCUCAGUCCUGUGGACCACAUCCGCUCCUCCAAACAUGGCCUCAGUCCUGUGGACCACAUCCGCUCCUCCAAACAUGGCCUCAGUCCUGUGGACCACAUCCGCUCCUCCAAACAUGGCCUCAGUCCUGUGGACCACAUCCGCUCCUCCAAACAUGGCCUCAGUCCUGUGGACCACAUCUGCUCCUCCAAACUGCAGAUUCAGCUGCAGCGUGAGCAGGACAGCAGGAGACUCAGCCAGUAUCACCAUGGUACUGGGCCCUUCACGGGUAUAGUAGAGAGGGAAGCAGGGGAGGUCUUUGGGCCGACUGUAGCAACAUUUGGGAUGCAUGAUGACACAGAGGAAGACUCGUCCUCCUCUGAAGAAGAGGAUGAAGACGACGUCUCUGACUCUGACCAUGAAGAGUUUGACGAUUUCAUUCCACUUCCACCAACAAAACGCCUCCGACUUAUUGUUGGUAAAGACUCUAUAGAUAUUGAUAUUGCAUCAAGGAGACGUGAAAAUCAGUCACGCACAGUCAAUGCAUGAGCUUUAUGGAUCUUUAUUUGACUAGUUGAUUUAAGUCAACAAAACAAAAAAAUCCCAUGCUGUUGUAAAAUGUUAACUAUUUUUGUACAUGAUGGAACUUGAUUUGUUAUUCAUAUAGUAGAAUGUGUAUAUUUUACAUAGCAUACAAUGUGUAGGCCUUUAUUUUUAUAUCUUCAGCUUUAUUUUGUACAAUUGUUAAUUAUAUUUAAAGCCUUUUCUUGUUUGUGGGGUAAACAUGCUAAAUUUUGCUUCACUGACAUUCACAAGAAUGGAACCUUUUGGGAACACACAUGAUGUGCUUUUGUCCGCAUGGCAGUGUAUACAUGCAUAUAAAAUAAUGUGUUUUAUAUAUUGUUUUGAGAGUUUGAAAGGAACCGAAUUGUUUCUUGCUGGAAGUCUGUGAAAAUGUGUUUGACUUCCAGUGAUUCCUGGGAGCUGGUCUGUGACAUUUUUGCCCCGUUUUUAAUAUUUCAUUCAUUAAUCAAAAUGUCUUGGUGAUUAUAUAUUAUAUUAACUUUUCAGUUUGUGAAGAGAUGGAUUGUCUGUUUAUUCUAUUCAUUUCACUAAGUCACUCAAUUCUCAAACUGUAUCACUUCUCAGUCUCCGUUUAACAAUCACAAAUUCAUUACAACUUACUUGGUCUGGCAUUGGUAAUGUAGAUAUUCAAACACUUUGAAAAUCAGAUGUUUUUCUUACUUUGCUAUUUUGUUCACCAUUUGUUCAUCUGAAUGACUUUGUCUGCUGUGCGUGAAUGAUGUGCAUGUCUCAACUUCUUAAAUUGCUCUAUCAUUUUUUUAUACUAGGUUGAUUUUAAAGUCGGUUGUACAACUUUGGUGGACCUGUCACUGUAUGCUGUCAUACGUAGGCUACUGUCUGUGGUCUUGAUUAAGCUACACUACAUGGCCAAAAGUAUGUGGACACCUGCUCGUCGAACAUCUCAUUCCAAAAUCAUGGGCAUUAAUAUGGAGUUGGUCCCUCCUUUGCUGCUAUAACAGCCUCCACUCUUCUGGGAAGGCUUUCCACAAGAUGUUAGGAACAUUACUGCGAGGACUUUCGUUCGGGGUUCCAAUUCAUCCCAAAGGUGUUCGAAGGGGUUGAGGUCAGGACUCUGUGCAGGCCAGUCAAAUUCUUACACACCAAUCUUGACAAACCAUUUCUGU